AUGUCAUCAAUCUCCUGGCCCACAUACUUCGCCGCCGAACGCACCACCUUCCAGCGCGACAUCCGCCUGAUAAUCGAAAUCCUCCAAUCCCCCGAAGACAGCAAAGAACGUAUGCACUUCUGCCACCGAAUCGCAGACCGCUCCUCCUUCCCGGGCUCAAUGACCACUCUCGUCGACGCUGUCAAAUCGGCGGAAUCGAGCAAAGAACAUCUCGCGCGGCGCCAUCUCACGGCGAACAUUAACUGUCUAACGCACAUGUUCGUCGAUAACCCGAAGGAAGGGCGGAGUAGAUGUUUUCGGUCGCGGUUGAUUACUAUUUUGGAUUAUUGCAGAAGACUUUGCGAGCAAUUGAGGGAUACUAAGGAUGGCCGGCGUGCGGAGAGGGUUGCGGAUGCGUUGGGGUUGGUUGUUUGGCAGAUUGGCAGGUUGACGCUUGAUGGGGAUGUUGAGGGCGAUGAAGAGGCGAGGAGGGUGGAGAGGGAUGUGAAGGAAAAAGAGCGCGAGUUUAAGCGUCAGGGUAAACGGAAGGAGUUGGUUGAGGAGAAGGGGUUGUGGAUGGUUUGGAAUGCGUUGCAGUUUCAGGGCCUUGGGAAGGGGGGCUGUUCAUGCAAGCCUUGCACAGAGCUUGAGUCUAAAGGCAAGGUACGAAGGGGUUGA